UUUCCGACAUUCGGACCAACGACACCAUGAAGGCCCUCGUAUUCCUGGCUUUGCUCGGAGCAGCGUUUGCUGCUUCUGAAGAUGAUAAGGUUGUUGGAGGGUACGAGUGUCCCAGACACUCUGUUCCCUACCAGGUGUCUCUGAACGCCGGCUACCACUUCUGUGGUGGAUCCCUCAUCUCCAGUCAGUGGGUGGUGUCCGCUGCUCACUGCUACAAGUCUCGUAUCCAGGUCCGUCUCGGCGAACACAACAUCGCCGUGAACGAGGGCACCGAGCAGUGGAUUGACGGCGCCAAAAUGAUCCGCCACCCUCAGUACAACAGCUACAACCUGGACAAUGACAUCAUGCUGAUCAAGCUGAGCCGGCCCGCCACCCUCAACAGCUACGUCCAGACCGUGUCCCUGCCGUCCCGCUGCCCCGUGGCCGACGAGAACUGCAUGGUGUCAGGGUGGGGCAACACGUCCGCCAACGGAAAUAACUUCCCUGACAGACUGCAGUGUCUGAGGCAGCCCAUCAUCGACGACAGGAUCUGCAGGAACGCCUACCCCCACCUCUUCACCAACAACAUGGUUUGCUCCGGAUUCAUGGCCGGUGGUGCCAGCAGCUGCCAGGGUGACUCUGGCGGUCCUCUGGUGUGUAACGGUCAGCUCCAGGGCGUCGUAUCCUGGGGUUACGACUGUGCCAUGCAGGGACACCCCAGCGUCUACGCCCGCGUGUGUCGCUACAACAGCUGGAUCAGCAGCGUUAUGCGCAGCAACUGAACACCCACACAUCCAUGUACAAACCCA